AUGCAGGACGAACAUAGAAAAGCCAUUCAAAAUAAUUUUGCUUCUCUUGUAGAGCAAACUGAUUUGGAUCAUAUGGUAUCCGCUUUGUUUGAGAAAGGAGUAUUUUCGGAACAAAUGAUUGAACCUUACAAAGAUCUUUCAAAGGAUGCACGCUCCCGCAAACGGCAGUUAUACAUGGAUAUAACGCGACGAGGACCUGAUGCAUUUAGAAACUUACUUGAUGCACUCUCAGAUGCAGGCUAUUGGGACUUAGUACGAGAGCUUGAUCCCAACAGCUCCUUACAUGCACGAACAAAAAUAUCCGCUCCCAGCACAAGUAUGCACAACGAAAACCAAUAUGUCAGCAUAAAAACUGAGAAAGAAAAGGCAAAAACUAGAGUUGAUAUUGUUAAAAAUGAUUGGGAUGCUAAUGAUUCAGACACAACAGAUCUCAAUUCAGUACCUCAUUAUCAUGUAGUAAAAUCAAGCAAAUUUUUUGAAGAUGGAGAUGAUAUAAAGCUGUACAAGACACGAGGUAGAGAACGCGGCAUCAUAGUUGUAUUUAGCUAUAUUGAAUUUCUUAACAAUAGUGAGACCUACCGCAAAGGGGUUGAUGUAGACUGUCAAAAACUUAAGUAUUUGUUCAGUGAAAUGGGGUUCAGAGUCAUCUCAUAUAAGGACCUUACUAGAGAUGAAACUGUUAAAACUCUAGAGAACCUCAAAAAUGUUAUUUUUGGAGUCGAGUGUGUUUUCAUAGUGGUGUCAUCUCAUGGUUACGAAAGAAUAGAUAGUUCAGACACAGACAUUCGUUGCAAAGACCUGCGCCUUAUCUCCAUCUAUGAGAUUAUUGAGUACUUCAGCAAUAAAAAAUUUCCUGCAUUGCACGGAGUGCCCAAAGUUUUUAUUUUCCAACUUUGCAGGGGAUCUAACAUGGAGUUUAUAGACAGUCCAAUCCGGUUUGUGUCACCAGACGAGCCGAGUCAACAGGCUGAGCCAGAUGGUCUGCCUGUGGUCUCGCAAUCGGACCUGUCUGGCCUCGACUGCCGCCGUUACAUCGAUAACGCACCAAAGACUCCAAUUCUCAAAAGAGACAGACUCUUUUCCGAUAUACUCAUUGCACAUUCUACGCUACCAGGGAAGGUGUCAUAUCGCGAUCCAAAGGAUGGCUCGUGGUACAUUCAGACAUUGUGCGAAGUGUUUGCGGCGCGCGCCCAUGACUGUCACGUGGACAAACUCUUUACCCUGGUCGACAAACACCUCCACGAUCGCUUUCAUAUUCAAACUUCCUCAGUUGACAAAUGGGGCUUUAAUAAACGACUAUAUCUCCAUCCCGGCCUGUACGAAGAAUGA